GGGAAGCCAGAGACUGAAAAGGAGGAGAUAAAGGAAGUGUAGAAAACAAAGUGAAAAUAAGAGAGCAAGAAAAGGGAGUGGCACAGCAGAAAUCAUCUCUUUCAGUUCAGCAGCUUAUUUGGAGUGUUGCAGCCAUGUCUGUACCAGCUAUGGAUUCAUUUAAGACUAUCCUAAAAUUCUUCACCAAUCAGAAGACCACUAUUGGCUACAGCUUCAUGGCUAUUUUGACUAUAGGUAGUGAACGAAUUUUCUCCAUGGUGUCUUUCCAGUGUCCGUGCAACCGUAAACAGAAUUUUGCGUAUGGAUUAACUUUUCUGAUCAGCCCUGCUGUUGUCUUGCUGGCGAUUGGACUCUUUGUUAGUACUCGUCUUUGGCGGUUAUAUACUGGGUGUUGUCUCAACCCUCUUAAACUUUGCCCCCGGGGUAACUUUAUGGGAUGCUUGCAGGUGUUUGUAAAAGUGCUAUCUGGAGCCUGUAUUGCCCCUGUCAUGUGGCUUAGUGUAGCACUGUUAAAUGGAACUUUUUAUGAGUGUGCUGUUAGUGGCCUGGAAGAAAAUAUGGUGGUGCAAAUUUUCUGCAAAAACAAGACAAGCUCAUGCCAGGACGAGCUCCCCAGAGUGCCCUGCAGCAAGUCCCAGCUGUCUCCGAAAGAAAAUAUGGAUCUGCUGUUGAUGUUACGAGCCCAGUCACAGAUCCUCGGCUGGUCCAUCAUUAUCAUAGCGGCAACAGUAGCCCUAAUUGGAACUUGCUUUAAGAACUGUCGCUCUCAAGUAAGCUACCUUCAGUUAACUUUCCAGAAGAUCUACAUGGAGAAGGAACAAGAAAGGUUUGAGGUUUUUGCAGAAGAUUAUGCCACCAAACUGGCAGAGAGAAACCUCAAGAGUUUCUUUGACAACAAAAUUCCCGAACCAUUUCCCUUUCCAAAUCACAAGGCCUGGGAGGAGAUCUCUGCUGUAUACACUUUUAAACAAAGCGAACAGUACUACAGCACACUGCAGAGAUAUGUGGAGCGUGCAGAUCGGGACUACAGCCCUGAGAAGCGUCCUGUUCUAGAAGGGCAAGAUGGCAUAGAGAUGAUAUAGAACACUGCAUGGACUGAUAAUUAGAAAAAUUAGAGUCCAGAAUAUGACCUUGAAGACAAAAAGCCAAUGAAUCAAGACAAAAUUAUUAUUAUUAUUUUAUUUUUAUUUUUAUUUUGUGGUAGCUACAACCUGUACUGAAAGCGUUGUAAUGAAAGUUUUUGGAAAUUUUGUUUUGUCUAUCGAGGAAGUGGUUGUGGCACUACUGAACCUGCAAAUACUUUGUACAGUUUUAUACUUCUAUAUCAGUGAACCAACAUAGAUCUCAGGCCCUAAAUUUGCAUACUGCUUGAAUGUUGCAUGUCAGGUUUUACAAAGUCAAAAAAAAAGAAGAAAAAAACACUUCUUAUAGCAUUUGUCAUUUAGGCCUUGUGCACUUUUUGAAUCUGUACAGCUCUCUUAUUCCUCUCUACAUUUUAAAAUCUUUUUCACCAUAUCCUUAUAAAACAGGUAGGCCCAGUUUCACAGACAGGGUUUAGAUUAAACCAGGAUUAGGCCAUAGUUCAGUUAGAACAUUUAAGUAAUUUUUAUUAAAAUGCCUUAGAAAAAACAUUACUUGUGUGCAUCUUGAGACAAAACAAAGGCACUGAUAUUUUUUAAUGUGGGACUAGGCUUAAGCCUUGUCAGUGAAACCAGUGGGUAGUGUGCUUAAUGCACGUUUAUGCAUGAUAACCUCAAAAGAUUAAACUGUCCAAAAAAAGUAACUGUCCAGUACUGAUUCAAAUCUACAAUAAGGUCGCAUUGCACUUAUGUUAACCAACAAAAUAUAAAACAUAUAAACCACAAUGCUUAUUUCCUUUGCUGGUUUUAAGCAGAAAAUUUGACAAACAGGGAACCUGCAUUCAAAGUCCCCAACAGUUUUGACACACAGAUCAGCUCUGUAUAGGGCCCCAUGAUCAAAAUGAGUUUCUCUUAGCAUAGCUUUUCAAAAAAACAUAGGACCAA